GAUGACGGGAAGUGGGUGGUCCCGCUCCAGAACUGGCACUUACCAGUCACUAAUGGUGUUUCCACCGACGCCAACUGGCUUUUUUAUGGAUGUGUGGAGUUAAACUGGCAAACAGGGAUGUUAGUGAAGUAACACAGGGACAGUACAGCCGCUGACACUGAGCUCACCAUCACAUUACUAUGGCAUCUGUGGGAUUUGUGCAGAUGCUGCUUUUGGCUUGUUUUACCUCUGCUGUAGCUGCUGCAGCUCCAGGAAAUUACAACCACUUGGUGACAGCGCCGCAGCCUCUGGCGGUCGAGAUCGGCUCCGAAUUUAAGGCCUCGUGCAUGGUCGUCGUCACCGAUGAAGUGACUGCCGACGACCUCUACUGGGACCUGUCUCAGAAGACAGUACCCAAAGAGCAGUACACCAAGAUCAACAGGACGACCCUGAACGUCACCGUCCACAUCAGUGGAGAAGAUGAGGAGUGGUUGUACUGUCGCUCUCGGGGGGUUUCGUCCUACGUUGUCCUGAAUGGAGGCAAAUUUAUGCACGCAAUCUAUCUUCGCAAAGGCUAUCCUCCGAAACAGCCAGAGAAUGUGACCUGUAUCGCUCUCCAGGACAAAAACUUCAUCUCCUCAACCGUCAAGUGUAGCUGGGACACAGUGGGACGUCAAAGCAAAGACGUCGCUACUAAAUACACGCUGAACUUCAAUGUCAUUGCUUAUUCCAACCGAACUGUGCCCGCUAAGGGGAACAUCGCCUCGGUGAAUCUGAGCGUAUUCCCACAUUUUAUGGAGGUGGAGUUUUGGGUGGAGGCGCACAACGCACUUGGGAUGGUUGCGUCUGAGCAUCUGAGAAAAGACGCUGGGUGUUUGGUGAAAACAGAUCCUCCAGCAAACGUCAGAGUCAUCACCGAGAAGACGUUUGCAACCUCCCUCCUCCUGAACUGGAGUCGUCCCAUCAGUAAGGGAUAUGUCCCCAAAUUAACAUACGAAAUCAGAUUCUGCCAAAGUGGAGCCCACGAAUGGACGUAUGUUCCUCCUGGUGACAUCGCAGAUAACAUGGAGUCCUUCAGACUCCAGAAACUUCAGCCACACAAGGUUUACGUGUCUCAGAUCCGCUGCAAAACAGAUAAAGCGUGCUGCCCUUACUGGAGCGAAUGGAGCACCAACGCCACCAAGAGGACGCCGGAGGACCGACCAACGAGCAAACCAGAUUUAUGGAAGAAAGUUUAUGAGGGUGUCGGCGAACGACGAGUGCAGAUUAUCUGUAAGGAUCCCGUUUUCGCCAACGGGAGGAUCACCCACUUUGACGUGAAGGUUCAAGAACAGAAGGAUAAAACCUGGCGUGGGAGCUCAGAGUGGGAGAGUUUCCCAGUCAACAGGUCAGACGGUGAUGCCGUGCACAGGACCAUCACCCUCGUGAAGGAGAUAUACCUGGAAGACCAGAAAUCCCUGCGAGUGUCCAUCGCCGCGGUCAACUCUGUGGGGAAGUCGCCCACGGCGUCGCUAUCCAUCCCAGACAAGGCACACGAGCUCCCCCCGGUGGAGGAUCUGAGGGCGUGGCCUAACGACGGCCAGAUGUGGGUGGAGUGGAAGCCACCCUACAGCACACGGAGUGACAGAGUGACGGAGUACGUGGUGCAGUGGGUCAGCGGCGAUGUCCUGGACUGGCAGAGGGAAAGCAGAAGCACCAGACUCACCAUUAUUAAAGACCACCUGCGGAAGUUCGUGUGCUACACCGUGUCCGUGUAUCCGGUGUAUUCUGGAUGGACGGGGAAGCCGGCCAGUGUGCAAGUGUUUCAGGAACAAGGAGCUCCACUCCAAGGCCCAGUCGUUAGCCUAAACAACAAGCCGGAGCGCAAUGAGGCGGAGCUGGUGUGGACGGAGAUCCCUCCAGACAGACGACAAGGGUUCAUCACAGGCUACACCAUAUCCUACAGCAGCGGGCGUGAAACCCUCACCGUGGACGUUCCUCCAGACGUCACCACCUACAAACUGACGUCACUGACGGGCAACACCAAGUACGACGUGUGGGUCAGCGCGUCCACCAUCGUAGACUCCACCCCAGGAUCCCAUCACUCGUUUACCACUACGAAAUAUGCAUCAGGAGAGAUUGAGCUCAUCGUGGUCGGAGUGAGUCUGGGAUUCCUGUUUAUCGUCAUCAUGGCGAUGCUGCUCUGCAUCUACAAGAAAGACGUCAUAAAGAGAAACUUCUGGCCUCAGAUUCCAAACCCUGGAGAGAGCACCAUCAGAAACUGGUCUCCGGACUAUCCUUUAAGAGCAGAGACACCAAAGGAGAACUGUAUGUCUGGCAUCAGCGUGCUGGACAUGGACACGAGCGACGGGAAGAGCGUGUUCGAGGAGGACAAGGCCGUCCUCCCUCUGAAGAAAGACAAGUAUCUGUCCGAGGAGCACAGCAGCGGCAUCGGCGGCUCCUCCUGCAUGUCCUCGCCUCGCCAGAGCGUGUCCGACAGCGACGAGGGCGGCGACAUGGUGGACACCACGGCCAGCACCGUGCAGUACUCCUCAGUGGUGGCCACUAGCGGCUACAAGGGUCAGACUCCAAGCUCUCAGGCGCCGUCGCAGGCCGUGUUCUCGCGCUCCGAGUCCACGCAGCCCCUGCUGGACUCUGAGGAGAACCCAGACGUGCAGGACGGCAGCCGCCAGUGUUUCUUCCGACACGCGGCGGGGAACCAGGACAACUUUAACCAGCUGCUGGAGGCGGAGCAGCCGGAGGAGCUGGAGACUCUGUCCUUCUGUCCGCUGGAGGAGGACGCCGCCGCCGCCAUCGAGCAGAUGCCUGCUGAGGAGCCCUCCGGCGAGCGGCGGCAUCCGUCGGCACUGUCCAGCUACAUGCCUCAGCUGGGAGGCUACAGGCCACAGUGAGGACGCGUGCACGAGAGACGGAACUCUGUAAAAUACUCGCUCGUAGGUCAUUAGCUUUAAAAAAAAAAAAUCAAUUUAACGACAUACUGGACACUUCCCGCUGCACGGCACACGACACAGGAUACAUUCCAGAAUGUCCGCUGGUGUGAGCUGCUGUGGCGCCCUCCUGUGGAGGUGCGACAGCACGGUGUGUUGUUAGCUGACGUACGUACACGUAUAUACACUGCACAUGAAUGUAACGUGACACGUUCUGCUGAUGAAACGACGCCGCAUGUUCAGAUAAAACAAACAAACCUUUAAACGAAGUGAGUCGCAGUCAUGUGACAUUUGUAAAAAUCACUUAAUCACAUAUUGUUUUUAAGGUGAAGGCAAAGAACGAUAUGAUCCACAACGAAGCUCAGGCUGGAGAGAGAGACACGUGCACUUUUAAACCUGUGUGGACAAAUUUUAAGAUAAAAGAAGACAAAACAGCUUUAAAGUUUUAAAAACAUUUGUCACUGAGGCUGCAACUAAUUGUUCAUUCAUUUCAUUAUCGAUUCAUCAUUUUGGUCCAAAAAAUGUAGAUCAAACCAGAAAAUAUUCACAUUUAUGAAGAUGAAAAAUCAGAAAGCUUUGUUAAAAUUAUUGAAAAAAACAUAGUUGACAAUUAAUUUAGUAACUGAUCGAUAGUUGAAUAAUAAUCUAAUAUGACGGAAUCAGACCUGACAUCAGUAUUGGUUAUGAUAUUGAAUUAGGGCUGGACUGGACAGAUUAUUUGAUUUCAUUGAUUUCUAAGUUAAUCGUUUUUCCUGAUUGAAAUUUCCCAGGCUCUGCCCCCAGAAAGAAAUCAUUCGUGGACGACACUUAUCGACAUUUUCUCACAUUUCAUGGUCCAAACCAAUCCAUACUGGAUUUUAAAAAAAUGAUGUGUCCCAACGCGAACGCGAAAUAGUGUUGAGGAGUUAAAUCUUAGAUAAUGUGAACUGAUCAAAUACUUUCAAGAUGAUAUCAGAGGAGAGGAGGUCAGUGUGGGUGAAGCUGGAGACCAAACACAGGGAGAGGGAACACGGACUGAUCAUGUGACUGAAGCGCCACGUGACAGUGGUGUUUGUCAUAUUCAGUGUUUUUCUCGUCCGUCCGUCCUGAAUUAUUAUUUUUUGUUUUCCCGAAAGAAAUGUAUAAUAUUGGUGUGUUCCAUUUACACCAGAAGUGGGAAUUUACACACAGACACUAAUGUAUCUCGGGCUAGCUGUCGUUAGCCACACCAGUCGAUAACAAAGAUAUUUCAUGAAAACUGAAAGAGUUCUGAACGCAGAAGAGAGAAGUGCAAUUAUAACAGUAGCAGCGUGGCAGCCAUCUUAGAACCCCACGUCAGGGUUUGUGAGGGAGUUGGAAAUUCAGCCGACUUCCAACCACAACCGGAACGCGUCCGUAAGACUUGAGGAAACUGAACCACAUGACGAUGGACACAGUUUUAUCAUAUGCUGGGUUUUUUUUGCAUUUCAGUGUGAAUGAUGGACUUUAUUUUUAAGGAUAAGGAACAAUAUCCAUGUGUGGAUGAGGCACCAAUAGCCCCCCAACACAACA